AUGUACCUUUUUGCCAACAGAAAAAAAGCUAAGCCUCUAAAACUGCCACCCUUCAUCUCCGAAGGAAGCUGCAACACACCACAUCUCUCUCCCCUGAAAAUAUCAGAGAACAACAAAAUCCAUAUUCCCACCUCCUCUGAUUCUCAGGCUAAGAGAGAGAGGAGAUAAAGAAGAUGAAUAGAAAACCCGAAAAGUUUUCGGCAGAUUUUGUGAUUGGAGGGGCAGCAGCGGUGCUGUCAAAGACUGCUGCAGCUCCAGUUGAGAGGGUGAAGCUUCUGUUACAGAAUCAAGGAGAGAUGAUUAAGAGGGGACAACUCAAAACACCUUAUAUGGGUGUCCGCAAUUGCUUCAAAAGAGUCUUUAGAGAAGAAGGAGUGUGGUCAUUCUGGAGGGGUAACCAGGCCAAUGUCAUUCGAUAUUUCCCUACUCAGGCUUUCAAUUUCGCAUUCAAAGGUUAUUUCAAAAGCCUUUUUGGACAUUCAAACGAGAAGGAUGGUUAUAUAAAGAGGUUUGCUGGAAAUGUGGCUUCAGGUAGUGCUGCUGGAGCAACAACUUCAUUGCUUUUAUAUCAUUUGGACUAUGCACGUACCCGGCUAGGGACCGAUGCAAGGGAAUGUUCAAUAAAUGGUCAACGGCAAUUCAAAGGGUUACUAGAUGUGUACAGUAAAACUCUUUCAAGCGAUGGAAUUGCAGGGCUAUAUCGAGGAUUUGGGGUUUCAAUCAUUGGGAUUACUAUAUAUCGUGGCAUGUAUUUUGGCAUCUACGACACCAUGAAGCCCAUAAUUUUGGUGGGACCUUUUGAGGGAAAUUUCUUUGCCAGUUUCCUGUUGGGCUGGAGCAUCACCACAGUCUCUGGGGUGUGUGCAUACCCUUUUGACACUUUGAGACGGAGAAUGAUGCUGACUUCUGGACAACCCUUGAAGUAUCGCAAUUCCAUGCAUGCACUUCAUGAGAUAAUUCGCCAUGAGGGUUUCACGACCCUAUACCGAGGAGUUACUGCAAAUAUGCUUGCCAGUAUUGCAGGAGCUGGAGUACUAGCAGGCUAUGAUCAGCUACAGAGAAUUGCAGUUAGUCACGGUUAUGGCAUCGACUCCCGCAAGAAUUUAUUGAAGUAAAAUCUUGUAAAGAUUUUUUUUUUCUUUUUUCUAAUUGAUUCUUGUACACAAUAGUCAUCUAUAAUUGUGAAAAGAAUGAGAUUAAGAAGGGAAAGAGGAGUUGGAAAAGGAAAUCAUGGGCUUCAGUGGCGGAUUCCACCCUCAACGCAGAAGGCAAUGAAAGGAAUCUGCCAUGUACAUUAUUUUCUGUAACAUAAUAUUUACAGAAUCAGAGUUGAAGCAGGAUAAGAAAUUUACUUCAUCUUUAGUUUA